UUCACCGUUUCCUGCGUUACUGACCGACAGACUACUUAUACCAACGAGACUGUCUGCACACGACGAUGGCAGGCCCUUCUUCAACAACAAGAUCUCUAGCGAGAGCUAAUCAUGCCUCGGAAAACACUGAUAUGAAUGCAGAGACGCCGAUACAUGAUAGUAGCAGCACCAGUUCCGCUCAAGCGAGAUCGCGGAAGACAUCGGCGACGGGCAAGGAGAAUGGGAAACCUAUGAGCACCGUUUCGGUGGUGAUGACGAAGAGACAAGGUAAAACUGGAGUCAUGGGUACUCGAGCGGCGACGGGCACUGCAAAUGGAAAAGGGAAGGAUACGAAGGUGAAGAUCAAGGAAGAGUUUUGUGUCUGUAAGGGGGAAGAUGAUGGCUCGCCUAUGGUGCAAUGCUCGUGCUGUAGAGAUUGGUAUCAUUUUCAGUGUAUCGGUCUAAGCGAAGAAGAUGCAGAGGAGAUCAGAGUGUAUGUGUGUGCUCCUUGUGAAAAGGAGACAGGACGACGAACAGUUAUGGAAUGGGAAGGCCCUGAAGCUCUCGAACCUGUCGACGACCCGGCCCACAAAUCUAAUGGAGCCAAGGACGAGGAGGCUGUUAGGAAAGAGAAGCGACAGGUUUUGGCUCGUGCUGAGGCUUCCGAGUCUAGCGAGGAUGAGGGGAGCGGGGAUGAAUAUAAGGAGGAGGAAGCUAAUCUGAAGAAAUCCAAGGGGAAGCGACCUGUCCGCCGUCUAUCCACCUUUUCGGAGUCCAGUGAUGACGAAAACUCCAAGAGUGCUACUAUCCCUCGUUCGCGUCGCGCCAGUCAAAGCACCUCCAGGGUCCCGGCUUCACACUCAAAAUCGAAAUCCCAUUCUCCCGGUCCUAAUUCCCACUACUUGAAACGAAGGCAGUCGAACACCACGACACCUCAACCCCCCACGAAACGUAAACGUUCCGAAUCCACCGCGACCGAUGAUCCUACGCGAAAAUAUUGUUUGGGCAAGCUGGUGGAAUUGAUGACGACUAUAUUUACGAAGCACUAUCCGAGUGAAGGACAAGGAGAGGGUGGCGAAGAGGCAGAAAAGGACUCGGAUCAAGUGAAAGAGGAGAGGGAAGCGAAGGCAAAGACGUAUGGGUUGCAGCUCGAGCAGUGCUUGUAUGAUACUUACUCUGAGCCGGAUAAGCAAGGCAAGGCUAGUGCGGGCGGAAAGUAUAAGGAACGCUUCCGUAUGAUUACGUUCAAUCUUCAACAAGAUGACCGAGUGCAUAUUCACAAGCAAAUUGCCUCUUCUCAAAUUACGCCAGAGAGACUCUCAACGAUGUCCUCUACCGAUCUCGCCUCGGAAGAGACACAACAGUCGAUCAAAGAGGCAGAAAAGGAAGCCCUUGCGCAUUCUAUCUUGCAGAAGACCGUCCUUCCGCGCGCGAAGAUCACGCACAAAGGUCUUGAGGAUAUCGAAGACAUGAACGAGGAUAUCUCGAAACAGCGACAGCGCGAACAAGCGCAAGAGGAGGAAGCGCGAGAGAGAAGGGAAAGGGAGAGGCUCGCCAGACUGAGUAGGCCUGCGCUCCCUAACGUUUCGACGUCGUCUUCCGGUGGUGCGGGACCCUCGAGUGGCUCCGUACCACCCGAAUCGCCUGGCGUACCUCGUACGCCUCAAACACCGACAACAUGGGGAGGUCCUCCUCCCGUUCCUAUCCAUUCGUUAUCGUUCGAACAUAACGUUUCGAUGUCCUCGCCAACUGCUACCGCGCCAAACUUCAUGGUCGGAACCCGACCUCUCUUCGUGUCGACCGCUUCAGACUACCCACAACCGGUUGAGGGCGAGCUCAAUCUAGGCGAUCUCAUCCAUAUCGACGACGAGCCUCCUGCUGAAGGUUCCAGUACCCCCACCUCCCUGUCCGCCAGAGAUCAUUUCCCUACGACUGGCACCAACGCACCAGCCAAUGCAGAGCUAUCGCUUUCCUCGUCUUUAUCUCCUACAAUGGCCGAACCAUCUCCCGUACAUUCCACGACGGGAAUCUCGCCGUUCGCUGCUAGUCGCCCCGACAUGCCCCCGCGUGCUUCGUUCGAUCUUAGUAGUCUUUGGACCGGACCGAAGGCAGAAAAAACGGAAGAAGACCCUGUGGAGAGGGCUCCCACUCCGCCGCCGAAUGCGGAGGAGCAGGAGGAGGCGGGUAUGGACGUCGACAUGGAUAUUGAUGGGCCGGACGAGGAGCGACGUGCUGAGAAUGUGGGAGGCGGGGAGGGCGAUGAUGAUCAUGACUUUGAUAUGUUUUUAGACGGAGACGAGAAGAUGGAUGCGUCCGUUCCUAUGGUGGAACAGAGUCCGGAAGAGAAGCUCAAGGCUCUGCCUACUGUCUGGACUGGUAUUAUAAAUAUGCCUCUCGACUCGACGAUUCCUCAGCAGACGGUUGUCAAUGCGAAGCUCGUGGGUGGGCGACGGAUGGAACAGGAUUCUCCGCUUUGGCAUACCUUGUUCCCUAACGGUGUGUUGCGUAUUGAUGGCCGUGUGCCCGUCAAGAAUUCGGAGGCGUAUCUCCUACAAUCGAGGCUGAACUCAUCCAAGGAGCUCAUUGCCGUUGCCUUCAUGCCCAAUUCGGAUGACGAUCAGAACGGAUUCCAGGUGCUUUCAGAGUUCCUCAUUAACAAAGAUCGUCACGGUCUCAUCUUCCCUUGGGGCAAUCGGGGCAAAGAAUGGGGCAAAGAGCUGUAUAUUAUACCUCAACGCACGAUAGAUCCCAUACCAGAGUUCAUGGAUCUUCUUGACGACCUCAAGCUUCCGAAAGAACGGUCGUCCGACUGUCUCAUCGGCGUCUAUGUUCUCAACAGAGGAAAACUUGUACCACCACCGCCGCCGCCGCCACAAGCCUCUGGCAUCUCAAUCCCUUCCAUUAUCCCCCAAAUGCCGCCUCCUUCACACCACACCACGACCUCUUUCCCCCCGCCCAUACCGUCUGUAUCACCACCUACGGCCUUACCAAUGCCUCCACCACAGCUUCCUCAAUCAGCAUUAGCAGCAGAAGUGGCGUCGCUUACUCCCGAACAGAUCCAACUCAUGUUACAAGCCCUGCAGACGACACUCGGACCAGCGGCUUCGAACGGUACACUACCUCAUCCGCAGACACACCCACAGCCAGGGUCACCACCUGCUGCCAAUUCCUCCUGGUCCAACUCGUAUUCUCCGUUCCCACCCUCGGGUACUCCACCGAACCCCGUGCCCAUUCCCCAAGCCAUCUUCGAUUCACCACAUCAUGACUACGACAGGCAUGGUCCCUCAUAUGGACGGGAUGAUUAUGAUGACAGACCCGGAGAUGGGUACAGAGGUGGCCGUGGGCGAGGAAGGGCAAGGGGGCGUGGUCCUCGUAGGGGCGGUCGUGGUGCUGAUGAUCGUGAUCGCCGUAAUUCGGAUAGUGGAUGGUCUUCGAGACGUGGGAGGGGUCGAGGUGGUGGGGGUGGGGGUGGGUCGUCUUCGGAAUGGAGAGGUGGGAGGAAAUGCGAAAGGGAGGCUCCGGCGUUCUGGCAGUGAUCUUUGGUUGAUCGAGAUGAAUGAAAUGAAUUCAUUUUUUGCGUGUAUUUUUAGGACCGCCGUCUGCGAUGAUGUUUUCUUCGUUGCUUCACUGUGUAUCUUUGGCUCUCGAACUUUACUGAUUCUCUUUCCUUAUGGUAAUGGUACUGCUGGGGCUGCUAAUGUACUGUAAUUUGUCGCUGUUUGCUGGAUGAGGGUAACACCUAAU